UGCACGUGCUCCCGCCAGGAGCGCUGAACAUGACAGAGGACCCGUGUUGUUGUUUUCGGCAGCGACCCGCGUCCCGUGAGGACGCCCAGCCUGUCGGUGUUCGGGCAGAGCGUGGCUCGCUGCCGGGACACCGUGGCUGCCCGCACCAGGGGACUGGCGGUGUUGAUGAGAGACCUGGCGGCGCUGGUGGGGCGGGACAGCGCCGAGCACGACGAGGCGCGGGCGUGCGUGGAGGAGAUCUGCUCGCUGGUGGUGUCGCUGACCGAGUGCAGCGCCCACGCCGGCUACCUGCUCGCCGUGCUGCAGGAGGGCAGCUCUCCGGAGACCCCGGGGCCCGUCGACCGCUACCAGGUGUGCCGCGCCGCCGCCGACGUGGCGCACGGCACUGCGCUGCUGCGCGCGCACCGCCUGCCCACCAUCUCCUCCUUGCAGGUGACGGACAUCUGCACGGGAGUGACGGAGAACGCGAGCGUGCUGGCCGACUGCUGCCUGGUGGCCGCCGACGAGGCGCCCGACGACGGCACCCGCCAGCAGUUCCGCCUGUGCCUCAAGAGCGUGACGGCCGCGGCCGACGCCUUCUGCGGCAGCGUCGAGUCGCUCAGGGACCGGCCCGGCGACCGCAACUACAAGGCCUGUCAGCAGGUGUUCGGGGAGGCGCUGGCGACGACGUGCGACGCGCUGGCCGUGUUCGCGACGCAGGACGCGCGGCUGACGGGCGUCGCGGCGACCUUGGGCGCGGCCGGCAGGGACGCGCUGCGCCGCGUGCUGGGGGCCUGCCUGGGCGUGGUGUCACCCAGCGUGCUGGCCUGCCAGCUGGCCGGACGGCUGCCGCGCGAGCCGGGCGCCGCCUCGCGGCUGCGCCUCUGCUGCGAGGCCGUGGCGCGCGGCUCCGGCGAGCUGGUCCGCGCGCUGCACGCCUCCUGCGACGACCGGGGAGACGGCGCGGAGCGCAGGCGGUAG